UAAUUCAUCGCACACCAGCACUAGGAAACAGACGCAUUUAUUCUGCCUCUUCACUUGGGAGCCAACACCAAAGUCAUCAAUUUGAACCUUUCCACCUCUUGCCCCGUACCUAUCACUUUCCCUUGGGCCGGCUCUGGACAUAAGAUAGAUCACUAUACCAGUUUCUCUGGCUUAAAUAUUCUAUCUUUCCGGGAAAGAAGAAGGAAAAAAAAAAAAAAGUUAUUAGUUCAGUUCAUUACACACACACAAACACACACAGCAUAAUGCGACUACAAGACAGAGGAGAUAAGAAUUAACAUAGCGAUGGGCUGGCUCCCUCUCUACUAUUUGGGUCUUCUUCUUCCUUUCACUGUCAUCAUGGGCUUCUUCUACUGCAAUGGAGAAAAGUUUCAGAGAUUGCAUGCUGUCCCAACCUGGUGGCUAUUCUCAUGAAUACUACAAGACAACAACGCUCAGCUUAACCUCCUCACUUUACUCACAGGUCUUGGACUCAUUCCAACAAAAUCCAAGAUGGCUGAAUUCCACGAGAAAUCCUCUUCUCAUCAUAACACCUCUUCAAGAGUCUGAAAUUCAAGCAGCUAUUAUUUGCAGCAGAAAACUCGGGCUACAGAUCAGACUCAGAAGUGGUGGCCAUGACUAUGAAGGCCUGUCUUACCUCUGUGAGACCCCGUUUAUCAUGGUUGACCUCAACAGGCUUAAUUCCAUUCAGAUUAACCUUUCAAAUGAAACAGCUUGGGUUCAAUCUGGGGCUACUUUAGGUGAGCUUUACUAUAAAAUUGCAAAGGAAAGUAAAAUCCAUGGAUUUCCUGCAGGACUUUGUCCCAGUGUGGGGCUUGGUGGGCACAUCAGUGGAGGAGGAUUUGGUACUAUGGUGAGAAAAUAUGGGCUAGCAGCAGAUCAAGUCAUCGAUGCUUUGCUUAUAGAUGCAAAUGGGAAGCUUCUUGAUAGAGAAAAGAUGGGAGAAGAUCUCUUCUGGGCCAUUAGAGGAGGUGGUGGAGGAGGAGGUAGCUUUGGGGUGGUUCUUUCUUGGAAAAUUAGGCUGGUUAGAGUUCCACCUACAGUCACGGUGUUCAACAUCCAUAGAACUCUCAGGGAAAGAGCCUCCGAGCUUGUUCAUAAGUGGCAGUACAUUGCGCACAAACUUCAUGAAGAUCUUUUCAUCAGAGUCCUAGCUCAAAAUAAUGGUGGCAAACCAGAGAGAGUCAGAGCGUCCUUCAAUUCUCUGUUCCUUGGAGGUGUAGAUAGGCUAAUUCCAUUGAUGAAUGAGCACUUCCCUGAAUUGGGAUUGCAAGCAAAAGACUGUACUGAACUGAGCUGGAUUCAAUCUGCUUUGUACUUUGCCGGGUACCAAAAAUGGGACCCCCUAGAGGUUUUGCUAAAUAACACCACCGACAAGAGCUCUUUCAAGGCAAAAUCAGAUUUCGUGAAGGAGCCAAUACCAGAAACAGCACUACAAGGUGUAUGGAAAAGGCUUGUGGAAGAGGAAGCGCUGGCGCUUCUGAUAAUGGACCCCUUCGGUGGUAAGAUGGAUGAAAUAUCCGAAAGUGAAGUCCCUUUUCCGCAUAGGAAGGGUAAUUUAUACAACAUACAGUACAUGGUGAAGUGGGACGAAAAUGGGAUUGAAGCAUCCAAAAGACAUAUAAGAUGGAUAAGAAAACUUUAUAUGUACAUGGCUCCUUACGUUUCAAGCUCUCCAAGAGCUGCCUAUUUCAACUAUAGGGAUCUUGAUUUGGGUACCAACAAGCUGAAUACAAGUGCUUGGGGCUUCAAGUACUUCAAAGGCAACUUCAGAAGAUUGGCACAAAUUAAGACAAAGGUUGAUCCUCAAAAUUUCUUUAGUAAUGAACAGAGCAUACCUUUGCUAAGUUCUCUUCCUACUUCAACAUAAAGUAUUUAUGGCAUUAGAAGGUCAACCAGAAAAGCUAGGGCAGUAUGUAUUCUUUCUUGAGACUAUGUAAAAUAGCAGUUAUUUUGUAAUCUGCAAAACACGUUAGAAGCAUGGUGGUCCAAUUUAGCAAGCCCAGUGGCAUAUUCAACCACUUCUCUGAAAGCAAAUAUAACAGAACACACAGAAUUAUCUAGCAUUAAUGAAGGGAUGUGAAUCCAUUGCCAUGUCAUUCAACAGUUGUAAAGCAG